AUGGAGGAGGAGGAAGAGGAGGAAGAGGAGGCGAGGGUCCUGCUCCUCCAUCUCCUCUCCACAGACGAGGAGCAGGUGGGAGGCCAUUUUCACCUCACAGCAGGAGCAGAGAGCGUUCGAUGGUGUGAGGUUCCAUUAACGCCGAGGCCAGCGCUCGCCGCUCGCCCCCCGCUCCGCCGUGCUCCCGACCGGUUCCAGCCAGAUUGA